CAAUAAAUUACCCUAGUCACUAGUGUCUCUCCCUUCUAUUUUCUUAAACUCCACUCCAUAUAAAUAUAAAUAAAAAAAGGGUCUUUUUUCCGCCGAAGGUUUAUUUAAGUUUCGUUUUCGGUUGUUCUUCUUCGCAGUCUCUCAAGCAGCCAGCAUUUAUUCUCUCACCACCCCACCAUCCAGAUCCAGAUCAAAUGGCAGCCAUGGCUAUGUUGCGUUUAUCACCACUCUCUGGUCAAAACCAUGCACUUUCUUUCCCAUCAUCACCAUCACCACCACCUAAGCUUCAGAACCGUCCUCUGUAUCUCACCAAUUUGCCUCAUUUGCCCCAAAGGUUGAAACUUUCCUUCGCCGGCGGCGACGGCGGAGAUGGGGUGGGACGUGGUGGCGGUGGCGGUGGCGGAGGUGAAAGCUGGGGUGAUGAAGGAAAACCCAAAGAUUCAUCUUUUGGAAUUUUGGGUCUUUUUCUGAACGGUUGGAGAUCAAGGGUUGCCGCUGAUCCACAAUUCCCUUUCAAGGUUUUGAUGGAGGAGUUGGUGGGUGUGAGUGCUUGUGUAUUAGGUGACAUGGCUUCAAGGCCUAAUUUUGGGUUGAAUGAACUUGACUUUGUCUUUUCAACUUUGGUGGUUGGGGCAAUCCUCAAUUUCACUCUCAUGUAUCUAUUGGCACCUACCAUGACAUCAUCAGCAGCAUCAAAUCUACCCGCCCUAUUUGCUUCAUGCCCCAAGAGUCACAUGUUUGAGCCUGGUGCCUUUUCUCUUUUGGAUAGGUUAGGAACCUUGGUGUACAAAGGGACCAUUUUUUCUGUUGUUGGCUUUGGUGCUGGACUAGUUGGAACCACACUUUCAAAUGGGCUGAUCAAGAUGAGGAAGAAGAUGGAUCCAACCUUUGAGACCCCAAACAAGCCUCCACCAACCUUUUUGAAUGCUCUAACUUGGGCUGGUCACAUGGGGGUUAGCAGCAAUUUGAGGUACCAGACUCUGAAUGGAGUUGAGUUCAUGUUGGAGAGGGUGCUUAACCCCUUGGCUUUCAAGUCCUCAGUGUUGGUGCUGAGGUGUGUGAACAAUGUUAUUGGGGGCAUGUCUUUUGUGCUGCUGGCAAGGUUGACUGGGGCACAGAGUGUUGGAGGGGAGCAGAAGAAGGAGAAUGAGGUUGCUUUGAUUGCUGAGAAGGAGAAGUUGGAGUCAGAGAGGGAAGAAGGGUUGCAGAAUAAUCAGUCGACAGCACCAUCAAAGUGAUGGCAUCACUCACUUUGGCUUGUUUCAGAGAGGCCCUUUUUACCUCCAUGGCGAGCUUGUCGUGGCCGCUUGUGUCAUUGUGAGGUAUGACUAUCUCAACUUCUCCCACGAGCUUGAGUCCAUGGUGUAUGUUGAGACCAUGUGCCACAAGAGGAUCGUGGAGACCAAAGUGGUUGUCAUCUUUGCUUGCGACUUCAACUCUAGAUUGGCCACACGCCAUAACCCCAUCUCGAUUUUUAGACAUGUUUUUCUUCUUCAAAUUUGGGUUAUUUUCCCUCUCAAGUUUGGGUUUGUAGAUAACUUUGAGGCAAUUUAGUGAUGGUGGUUCAUGCGACGGUUAUUGGAACAUGAAAAUUAAAUUCUAUGAGUGCAGUCAAACCUAGUGCAUUUACACUAAUCUUCAUUACUAGGUGAAGUCUAAUGGUUUUGUAAUUACAGUUACAUUUGUAUGCAA